CUCCUGCCAGUUGGCUCAGCUUCAGCUUCCAGUCAGAAGAGUCAAGACAUUAAUCGUUAACCUGCUGAAGUAUGCUAGUGCUCUGUCUACGACAACAAGUGCAUGUGCAACGCUGUCUUAUCUGCCACUGUUGUGAUAAAGGGGUUGAAAGUGCACACGGAUCCCGUGAAAUGUCAUAUUGUAUGUGGAGACUGUCUUCUCACUGAUUCUAAAUUGCGGUAAUCCAUUAUGGGAAUAUUUUUGGGGCAUAUUCUUUGUCAGGCGAGUCGCAUCACAUUUUUUAAAUCCCGGUCUGACAAUAUAGAGAAGUACUGAUAAUAUAGAGAAGUAAUCCUGCUUGCACUUGUGGCAUUGUGACGUCCCAACGCAGAUCCCUUGCAACCGUAUCCUUCCUUCCAAUUCUGAAUGGGUAAAUCAUGUUUCGCACCGGUUGUAUCAAGUCUUCGUACCUCUGCACAAGGUGAGGGAAGAUUGACUCACCAUAUCGGAGUAUCUUCGUAGUAUCCAGUUGUCCGAAAGAAUGCGCGUGCUGCGUUGUCCUCAAUGUCGCACUACAGAUCAACGCGAACUGGAUCCGUAUGUCUUUCAUGCUGUGAACAAAUUCGAUAUUUCAUGCCAGCUAUUGCGAGAAACUCGAAGCUUUACAGACCAUCGGACUCAUUGAUUUCUUUGUUUUGUCUAUGACCAGAGGAUAAUCUAGAACGGCCCAAAGACUAAUUUUGCAUCAGUAGUAAUUUGACCGACGACGAUGACCUUCUGAACGUAACAUUAAUAGCUUGUUGCAGCAUGCUCCACUCUCUUCAACACCUCCCGUCCCAUCACCGAACAAAUAGACUUCAAGUCUCCAUCUUCACGUGGUGUACUGACGCCGUCAGGUGACAGGACGCGUUCUACUCCUCGACGGACCGUCUCAACUGCUAAUCAAUCUCCCUCUACCGAUGUCGUUGGUCAUUGCUCGUGAUGCUGUCUCCCCGGCAGCCGAAUAUUCGCCGCGGUCUCUUUCUCCCAGAGAAGGGUCACCAGGUGGAUUUCAAGGCUCCAGAAUGGAUCUCAGACGCCUUACAUGAAUUUCUACGAGCGCACAGACUCCACCGCCGCAGGCAUAAAAAAGUGUUGCUUUAUUCUCGGACAAGCAACUAACAUUGUGUAUCGACCAUGUCUCGUCAGUGGAGUGUCCAGAUACUCUUGGGCUUACUAGUAUUCGCCUACGGCGUACAUGCCAUAGGUCAAUCUACUUGCGUCGCUUUCAAAACUUCUCGUUCUACGUUUCCGAUUGUCAGCAACAAAAAGGCUACCUCCAUCCUGCUGUCACCGGAUGAAUGGCCGGGCGUUCAACGAACCGCGUUCGACUUUGCGGCCGAUAUCCAACGCGUCACCGGGGUCAAACCUUCAUUGACAAAUGUCUCUUCUUCUAAUGUUGCUGUCAAGUCGCGUUCUGCCAUCAUUGUUGGUACUCUGGGGAAGUCCGCUUUAAUUGAUCAGGUGGUGAAUCGCACCAAACUGGAUGUGUCUUCCAUCGACGGACAAUGGGAAGCAUUCAUAGCUAAGCAGGUGGAUAACCCUUUACCUGGUGUCGACAGUGCGUAUGUGAUCAUUGGAGCCGACAAGCGAGGGACGAUCUUUGCACUCUAUGACCACUCGGAACAAUUUGGCGUUUCUCCGUGGUAUUGGUGGGCUGAUGUCCCUGUCACAAAACAUUCAGAGCUGUUCGUUGCCUCGAGUGGAUGCUCCCAUGGGUCGCCCUCCGUCAAAUAUCGUGGUAUCUUCUUGAAUGACGAACAGCCCGCCUUGCAAAAUUGGGCAGCAGAGAAGUUCACGAACGGGACAGGUGCACCUUUGACGGGGUCUCCCUUCAACCAUUUCUUCUAUACCAAUCUCUUCGAAUUAUUAUUACGUUUGAAAGCCAAUUAUUUGUGGCCAGCCAUCUGGAGCAGUGCUUUCGACAUCGAUGAUACCCAGAAUCAAGCUCUGGCUGAUUGGUGGGGUAUUGCCAUGGGUACAAGUCAUCAGGAACCUAUGAUGCGUGGCACGCCCAUUGAAUGGAACCUUUUCGGACAUGGGGAUUGGAAUUAUACAACAAACUCGCAGAACAUCUAUAACUACUGGGUGGAUGGUGCCAUUCGUGCGAAACCGUUUGAGAGUAUUUUCACUCUCGGAAUGCGAGGCUCCGGAGAUCUGCCUCUAUCUGAGACUACCAAUAUCAACCUCCUCGAGAAAGUCGUCGCUGACCAACGACAGAUCCUUACAAAUGUCUUCAAUGGGACUGACAUCACCACCAUUCCUCAAAUAUGGGCUCUAUACAAGGAGGUUCAAGGCUAUUACGAAGAUGGCAUGCGGGUGCCAGAUGACGUCACACUGCUCUGGUCGGAUGAUAAUUGGGGUAAUAUCCGUCGAUUCCCCACCCUGUCUGAGAGAAACAGGACUGGCGGUGCAGGCGUUUAUUAUCACUUCGACUAUGUUGGUGAUCCAAGGGACUACAAGUGGGUCACGAGUACCCAAAUUUCGAAGACAUUCGAGCAAAUGUCCUUAGCUAUUGACCGCGAAGCCACUCGCGUCUGGAUCGUGAACGUCGGCGAUCUCAAACCAUAUGAAAUGGAUACCGAAUUCUUUAUUACAUAUGGAUGGAAUUCGACCUUAUGGAAUCCUAACAAUUUGGACAUGUUUGUAUCUAGUUGGGCGCAACGCGAGUUUGCACUGUCGGCGUCUCAAGCAAAUGAAGUCGUUGGAAUCCUGUCCAAUCUAACUCGCUUCAAUGCUAGACGCAAGCCAGAACUCCUCAACUCGACCACAUACAGCUUGAUCCAUUAUCGAGAAGCUGAUACUGUUCUCGCUGAUUGGAAGUCCUUGAGCGACGCGUCGACUCGUAUUUACAACAGCCUUUCCUCCGCCAUGAAGCCUGCGUUCUUCCAAUUGGUCCACCACCCUGUUCAAGCCAGCUAUACUCUUGCCAACAUGUGGAUCUCUGCUGGAAUCAAUAACCUCAGGGCAUCACAGGCGCGUCUAAGCACUAAUGAUUUCGCCGACCAGGUCGAACAACUCUUCGACCAAGACUACGACCUCGAAGUGCAAUACCAUCAACUGUUGGACGGCAAAUGGGAUCAUAUGAUGGAUCAGACCCAUGUUAUGUACUACUACUGGCAACAGCCUAUGGCGAAUACUAUGCCUCCGAUCACUCGAGUUCAACCCAAGAAGCAAGCUCUCGCUGGUCCCAUGCGAAUUGCACUUGAGGGGACAGCGGGUGCUUGGCCCGGCGAUAAUCCGAACCAGUGUGCUGACGGUUAUAACUGCCCACCUCCCACACUCACUCUGGACUCGUUCGCUCCCUUUGGUAGUCGCUUCAUCGACGUUUCUGCUGGCGGUCCCGCUCCGUUCUCCUGGACGGCAUCUACGAACGCGAGCUGGUUGAAGCUAUCGCAAACCAAGGGCAACAUCUCUCCGUCUGCUCCCGAACAGCGUGUCUUCCUUUCUGUUGACUGGUCGAAGGUUACUGGCGCGUCAACGGCACAAAUUACCUUCACGGCAACUGCAUCCAAUCAGCCGAAGUCGGUACAGACUGUUGGCUUUGUCGCUAACCAUACGGUCGUUCCUGAUGACUUUCAUGGAUUCGUUGAGGGAGAUGGUGCCGUUUCUAUUGAAGCGGCUCAUGCAUCGAGAAACACUUCCGUUGACGGUCUGACUUGGAUUGAGCUUCCAGGUAUUGGACGUACCGUUUCUGGUGUGACGCCCUGGCCUCGUGGGGGUGAGGAUAAAAACUUUACAGCUGGAAGCGGUCCAAGCAUCGAGUACGACUUCUUCACAUUCAAUACAGUGGAUGGAAGCGGCAAUGUUACCUUCACGACCCUAGUCUCCCCAUCAUUGAAUGCUUUCGGACCUGACAGGCCACUUGCUCUCGCCAUUCAGGUCGACUCACAGGCUCCUCAAACCAACUAUUUCAUACCCUCUGCUCCUGAAGGCGCCCUGCCGGAUGCUUGGGAUGGACUAGACGGCUUUGUGGCGAACAGUAUUGUGUCUGUGGUCACUAGUUUCCCUGCUCCUCCGGGUGCGCAUACUCUGAAGAUCUGGAUGGUAGGGCCUACAGUCGUUGUGCAGAAGAUCGUAAUUGAUACAGGAGGGGUUCAGUCUAGUUACCUAGGGCCCCCGGAGAGUAUCCGAGUAUGAAUACGUGUGGUCAUGUUUUGGUGUUGCAACCGAGUAAUGGCAAUCAUUCACUUGCAUAUCAAAGAAUUUUGUCUUGCCUUGUC